CCGAACAGGUGUUGAUGGUUAUCUAAUGUCUUAUCAGAACCUGACACGAGCGCCGAGAGCGCCUUGUAGAGAGUGACGGGACCAAGCAAGCAAUAUUGCACUAUCAAAAUUGUCUCGUUCAGUACGAACUCGUUAAUCGAAAUGGUGCACAGCAUUCGGUACUUGGUGCUUUUGGCCGUGUCGUCCGGAAUCGCAGGCACGCAGCAGCUCAAUCCGUUCGAAACAGAGCGGACGAUCCUGGCCGAUUGCAUCUCGACGGUUGAUUUAAAAGAGCCGUUCGAUGACCUACCUACCGAAUGUAAGCAAUCGUUCGAAAGCUUACUACCGUCGCAGGAAAACAUUGUCCGCUUUUUGGCCCAGUUCGACCCAAACGUUCAGCCGCGAGUGCAGCAAGUGCUGAAAGAAACGUUCGUUGCGAUGGCACAGAACGGUGGCGGCGGUGUGCUCACGUACGGCGGUUACAGCGAAACGGACACGUCCCGACGCGUCCCGACCAACAUCCCGAACGAGCUGCGGUACGAAAUUCUGCACCACAUGCAGGGUGGCCUGGGUGGACCGUUCCGAGUGUCGCCCGCGCUACGUGACCGUCUCCAUAGCUACCGGAACGUGCUGCUAAAGCAAGGCAACUACGCAGCCGCCUACUGGAUCGAUCGUUUGCUCAGACGGCCCGAUCCACCCGUCGGCGACGGUACAGUGAUCGGGACGGGACGGAAGGGUGUGUGAUACCGAUAGUGAACUUUACACUCUCCGUUGGUAGUGGUGCGUAAUCGUCUGCAGCUUCGCACCGACGCCCUUGCGGAAGGUCUCGAUGAUUUUUUUCGUAUUCUCCAGCUCCUCGGCCGUGCCGAACGGUUUCAACGACUCGAGGUAGCGCUUGAGCGUGUGUUCCAGCUUGGGCAGCGGCAGCCGGGGCCGGUCCUCAUCGUAGCAGAAGGUGCUUUCCGUGCUACCCUCCGGCAGAUAGUAGAUGCUUUCCCGGUUCAUUUCCCGGAAGUGGGUGUUACCAGCUGCUUCAAACGAUGCACCAACCGACAGGCGAUGUUUACAUGCGUAGUGCAAUGACCUCUGGCACUGUGACACUGUAGAGCAGCAGUCUCGCGUUCCACUUUCUACUGCUUCAACACUAUCCCCACCAGGCACCACACGCACGGUAUCGAAUCGCGAUCGUGCACGACUUUGGACUUUGGAACCACUGGUACUGGAAGAGUCCUCAAUUGCGGGGACUUCGCUCUAGGUGGUGGCGAUAUUUCGCUGUGCACAGACGGGCGCAAAACAAGUGUAAGGCCGGCGACGGACAGGUUUGGGCGGCACACAACAAAAUUACAACCAGUACCUGCCCACCCAGAACCAAAACAAUUACAAC